GAAUCUGUGGAUUUCUCCACCGAUAUAAUUCAAAUCGGUGACCCGCCUGACCUCGCACACAUACCUGCCCUCCUAAACAUAGAAGAACACCUCGACAAAACCAUAAUGGAACAAAAAGUCGACAAGGAACUUCAGGAAAUAAGAGACAAGAUAUCCGAAGAACUCAAUUCCGAUAAGGAAACGGGCGUUGAUGUUCCAACCAAGAAUAAUCAAAAAGUAAAACUUGACAAAGACUCGGACGGUCUUCCAGGAUUAAAUAGCGAUCAGAUCGAGACAGUAUUAUUAAAAGAUCAAAAAGAUGAAAAAGACAUUGAAACUGUCAUUGAAAAUGAUCAAAAGGAAGUCAAGAAAAUGGAGGAAAGCGAGAAGAUUAAAGAUAAACAAGAAAAUAAAACGAAGAGAGUGAAGGGGAAGGGGAUCGGCAAAAAGACUGUGCUGAAAGAGGGAAGGAAACCAAAAACUACUCCGGUGAAAGAAAGGAAAACUAUGCCGAAGCGGGCGGCUAAGGCGGCCCCUGCUCAGGAAGAGCCCAACACAAGGCUCCUAAGGAACUCCCGCGAGCCUCCAGCCACGGACGUAUACGAGUUCGACGAGCACGAGGGCACGCGGCCUCCCUCCGGGCUCCGGCGGCGCACCCCCGCCCGCGCGCCCACUCCCGACCCCGCGCACAGCCCCGGCGGCAGCGAGUACAUGGACGUAGACCCCAACUCCUCACGACUCGUCAAGAUCAACACCACGAAAGAAGACCCCGUCCAGCUUACUGCCAGACUCGUCGAUAAAGAAGAGAUAUAUAAAAAACAGAAGAACUUGAUAGACAAUUUGACUAAUAGUCCGGCUCUGUUACAUAAGUUCUUUACCUGUUUGCCGACUGAGCUGCAGGAUGAGCUGGGGAAUUUGGCGGGAAGCGAUCGAGAGGAGACUUACUUGGAUGAGAAGACCGGGAAUGUGUUGGAGGCGCCUACUUACUAUCCUACAGCGGAGGAAUUUGAGGACCCAAUAAAAUAUUACGACAAGAUCGCCCCCGAGGCCUCCAAAUACGGUCUCUGCAAGAUCGUGCCCCCUGACGGGUUCAAACCGACCUGCACUAUGAGCGACACCAUCCGUUUCGCCGUCAUCUACCAGUAUAUUUCCAAGAUGUACAGCCGGUGGGGUCCGGUGUCGCGAGAGCUGGCCGCCAUUAAAGCGCACUUGCGGACGCAGAGCGUCGUGUUCGCGAGGUCCCCGCUCUUGGAUGGCAGCGAAGUGAAUCUCCCCAAGCUGUACCACGCGGUGGAGCGCAACGGCGGCCUAAGCAACGUGAUCCAACGCAAGCGCUGGGGGCGAGUCGCCGACGAAAUGAAGCUUACCAAGCUGCAGCACCCCGAGCGCAAGCUAGAUCCCAUCUACAUGCGGUACCUGCUGCCCUACGCCACGCUGUCUGACCAGGAGCGCCAAAGCAUAAUGGCCGAGGUCGAAAAAUGCUGGACCACCAAGUACCAGAAAAUGCUCGAGCGGGCCCGCAACCCGUUCCAGCGGCAGAACAGAAUGCUCGGCACCGAGUGCGAGUCAGAGUCUGAUGACGAGAGCGAGGACGGCAACACCGCGGGGGCGCUUCAUGAAGCCGAAGAUUGUAUAGUGCAGGGGAGGACGAUGAACCUCGCCACCUUCAAGAAGAUUGCGACUUCGCUGAUGGACGCGCACUUCGACCCGGCGAAGCAGCCGCCGAGCGCCCUCGACGUGGAGAAGGCGUACUGGCGCGCCGUGCUACUCGGCACCGAACACAUCGUGGCCAACACAGCGUCCAUAGACACGGGCGAGGAGGGCUACGGGUUCCCCAAGGACCCGCAGGCCGAGUACGGCGAGCAUCCCUGGAACCUCAAGGUGCUAGCUCGCAACUCGAACAACGUGCUCCGCUACCUAGGCCCAGUGCUGGGCGUGACGGUGCCCACACUCCACCUGGGCAUGCUGUUCAGCACCUCGUGCUGGCACCGCGACCCUCACGGCCUGCCCUGGACCGAGUACAUGCACAGUGGAGCCGAGAAGAUAUGGUACGGCAUCCCACGCGACGAGAGCGCAAACUUCCGGCGAGCGGUCGAGACCCUGUGUCCCGCCUACUGCCAGAACAAGUCAAUCUGGCUCGCUUCUGAGAUCACCAUGGUCCCUCCCAACAUUCUCAGCGAGCAUGGAGUGAAGCUGUCAAGACUGCUGCAGAGACCCGGGGAAUAUGUUAUGGUGUUCCCAGAGGCUCAUUCUUGCUCGAUCACUACCGGGUUUGGGAUAUCAGAAAGUGUCUACUUUGCUUCGAAUUCAUGGUUGACCGAUGUCUACAAACUCUUCCAGGAGCUGCGUAACAGCUGCGAGCCGACGAUGUUCUCGCUGGAGCAGCUGCUCCUGAACGGCAGCAACGACCCCGCGGCGCCGGUCGAGGUGUGCUCCGUACUGGCCACGCUGCUCAGCGCCGAGCUUGAGCACCGGCGCGCGCUCGAGCAGAAGGGGCUCAAGGUGCAAGAGCGGCCUCUGUCGUCGGCGCCGCUCAACACGUCCUACUUCCGCGCCUGGAACACGCGCGACCAGGACGAGUGCGAGUACUGUCGCUCCACGCUCUUCCUGUCCAAGGUGACCGGGCUGACGGGGCGCAAGUCGGCCGUGUGCCCCGAGCACGCUCUCCGCCUCCUCGAGACCAAGAAGCACAGGAACGUGGAUCUCCACACGCUGGAGCUGCUCUCAUCCUUCACCACACACACCCUGGAGGAGAUGCUGGAGCGGCUCGACAGCCGCCCCGGCCCGCAGCAGUGAGCUGACUGUACUGCCUCCAGUAGAGAUGAGAGCAGUGCCUCAAAUCGGACGGCUCGGCGGGUCCAGGCCAGUGUCCGGUAAAGCACGGCGUCUUAUACCUAUUGUUGAUUCGGUCGUCCAACUUCGAAUAAGGCACAAUUAGAGGGCAUUCGAGCUCGCAUUUGAUUGUAACUCUUUAUAGGGCAUUGCAGUGGCCUAGGCACAACAGUGACAAUGAGGAGGCACACAUGAUCGCCACCUCAUUUGUCCAUUGCACAGAUAAAAAAUUUCAUACGCGAAAGCGAGAAGAUGAUAUGUUUUUUCUCUCUCACAUAUGAAUGACAGUGACAUGGCUAGGCACUUGCACAGGCGCCGCCUGGCGGGAUAAAAUGUCAGUGUCUCCUCAUUAUAGGGUUUAAAGGAACGAGAUUGGGCGAGUAAAAGUCACCUUUGUCGGGCUAACUUAGACUGAUUUUAUUAAAUUAAACUGAUUAUACUGAUUUUAAAUUAGACUGAUUUAUUAUUACGAACUGUGUGUAUACAGAAUUGAUUAUCGAACUAUACACACAUUGUCUGCAUAAAAUCAGCGCGUGAGGUGACGAGUGUUUAACUAUCGACACGCGCUGAUAAUAUUCUGCUGACCGCCAUAGUGUCCUAGGCACAACAGUGACAAUUGAUAACAUACAUACAUACGGCUGUUUAUCAUUUGUCACCAUCUCUGUCUCGUUCUAAUGAGUAUGUAAGUGCGAAAGUGACGCAUGAUAUGAAAAUGUAUUUUCUUAAGAAGUAGAUCAAUUAGAUCUUUUAAAAAAUCAUUCAUGUAGUUAAUUAUUUCUAUGAGUAGUUGGAUAUGAAAAGAGAAGUACAGUCAGAUUCAGAUUCAAUAAUUUAUUCAAUGGUAAACACAGUUAAUAUACAUAAGUAAGUAUUAUAUAAAAUUCUAAUAAGUGAUGAGAAAAAAAUGUAACUCUUGUUUACCACGAAAUGGUCCCGUCUCAGCAUAAAUGCUGACCCGGGGGUCAGCGCUGAUCUUCCGGCGAGACCAUGUUAGUGGGCCACGAACGCAGCUGAACGACCUGCCCUUCUAAAACAUCUGAACGCGGCCACAAUUGCGAGCCGGUGUUAAGCGCCAUCUAGAGUGCGGGUAGGUGUACAUUUUAACAUAAUUAAUAAUAAAAUGGCCGGUCAGGUCGUACAGCGUGCCAAUGACUUAUAGUCAGAGCCAUUUCUUUGACAAUUUUAAAGUAUUUUAAGCCGGUUAAUCACAUAUUAAGUCGAUAUAAUGCUCGACAUGUUUCGCUCCAUUUCCGAGGAGCUUUUUCAAGAGUAACGACCCCGCCUCUACACGUUGAGAGCGCGGCGCAUACUACGCAACGAUUCAGAUUGGAUUGGAAAUGGAGCGAAACAUGUCGGGCGCUAUAUCGACUUAACAUGUGAGUAACCCGCUUAAAAUACUUUUAAAUCAUUUUAAAGUGUUACAAAACACUUUGUGAGAUUAUCUUUAAACUUCUAUAUUAUUGGAUGACCUAUCUAAACUUACCAUGGCCAAUUAUGGAAACGAGUCAAAGACUUGAUACAGAUAAGCUUUAACUAAUACGUAUACCUAAAGCUUUAAUAGGAAUAGGGAGUGAUGCGAUGGUCUGCCAUUAGACGCAGCAGUAGCUCAAACGGUAAACCGAAAACUAACGGAAUAUCUUAUACCUUUACUCCACAGAUGUCAUAUAUACCAUAGAUCAAGCAAACGUAUCUACUUAGCGUGUCAAAUGAACUCAGUAAAAUCCACUGAGUUGUCCGUCUUUAAUCGCAGGUUUUUGUAAGUUGAA